AUGAAUAAUUUACAUUAAUAUAUUAGAGAAUUACAAACAUGCAAAAUUGAUAACAAUUAAUAUAGCGUUAUUUCUUAAUAAGUAAAACUUGAAGGAAUACAAAAACUGAAAUUCAUUUCUUAUAACGUUUGGUUUGAUCAGCAUAAUUUUGUAGAAAGAAGUAUAGAAUUAAAAAAGAUAUUCUUGAAUUAUGAUCCAGAUUUCAUAUGUAUGUAGGAAGUUACUCAGCCUUUUCUGAUAUAGCUAGCUCAAGACAAAGAAAUAUGCUAAAAAUAUUAUUUUUCUUCACCUUUCGUAAACUAAUAUGAUGUUUUCAUUUUAUCCAAAUAUCCAAUAUCUUUUAAGUAGAUGUUUUUUCCAAGUUAAAUGGGUAGAAAUCUCUUAUUUGGUGAAAUUAAUAUAAACAAUAGAAAAAUUGUGAUAGGUACCACUCACUUAGAAAGCUUAAAAAAUAAUGAUAAUUAUAGAAUGGAAUAGUUAAAAAUAAUAAAAGAACUUUUAUCAAGCUAUGAUGAAAGUAUUUUUAUGGGAGAUUUUAAUAUGUCAAAAUUAAAUGAGGAGUAAAGCAUUCCAGAAAAUUAUAUAGAUAUUUGGAAAGCACUUCAUCCUAAUGAGGAAGGACAUACGAUGUAAGCAAGUAAAAAAUUUCCUUCAGUUCGCUUUGACAGAGUCCUUUUACGGCAAUCUACUUACUGGAGUCCUUCUCAUAUUGAAAUUAUAGGCAAAGAUCCUAUACCUUAUUAUUAGAAUCACUAAAAAAAGCAAAUAUACGAAAUUGUUACUCCUUCAGAUCAUUAUGGUCUUUAUGCAGAGAUAUCUUUUAAUUCUAAAUGA